AUGGAGGCGGUCCCAGCGCCUGUGAAGCCUCUGCUGCUGGAGGAGACCUGGCGAUGGUAUGGGCCCAACGACCCCGUCACCCUGGAGGAUGUGAAGCAGUCUGGUGCCACUGGCAUCGUCACGGCGCUGCACCAGGUCCCCAUCGGAGAGGUCUGGAGCGAGGCGGCCAUUCUUGAACGCAAGAAGAUGCUGGAGGACGCAGGCUUCACGUGGUCAGUGGUCGAGUCUGUGCCUGUGCACGAGAGCAUCAAGCUGGGGAAGGGGGACCGCGACAAGUACAUCGAUGCCUACAAGCAGACAGUGCGAAAUCUGGGCAAGUGCGGCAUCCGCCGCAUUUGCUACAACUUCAUGCCGGUCCUGGACUGGACGCGUACGGACCUGACGCGGCGAUGGCCCGACGGCUCAGAGGCCCUGGCCUACGACGCGGAUGAGCUGGCAGCCUUUGAUCUCUACAUCCUCAAGCGGGAGGGCGCGGAGAAGCAGUACGAAGCCUCGGCACUGGCCCGGGCAAAGGCUGUCUUCGAGAAGAUGGACGCUCAAGCCCGGCAGGCGCUUCAGCAGAACAUCAUCGCGGGCUUGCCAGGGCGGAUGGUAGAAGCCUACUCCAUCGAGGAGUUCCGGCAGGCCAUCGCGGAGUACAAGAACGUCACUCCCGUGCAGAUGCGCGAGAACUUGGCCUACUUCCUACGGAACAUCAUUCCCACCUGCGAGGAGGCCUCGGUUUUCAUGGCCAUCCACCCGGACGACCCGCCGCGGCCCAUCCUCGGUCUUCCGCCCGCCUGUUCCACGCGCGACGACGUCGCCGCGCUCCUGAAGGUCGCCGACUCCAGGUACAAUGGCAUCACCCUGUGUGUGGGCACCUACGCCUCCUCCCCGCAAAACAAGGUGGAAGACAUGGCCAAGGAGUUUGCCUCGCGCACGCACUUCGUGCACCUGAGGAAUGUCACGAAGGAGAUGCCCCCGGCCCCGGAGACGGGCCUGGGACCGGCGGGUUGUACCUUCACAGAGUCUGACCAUUUGGGCGGCGACGUGGACAUGUACGCCAUCAUGAGGACGAUGCUUGAGGAGAAGCAGCGCCGGAUUGGGGAGGGCUGGGGCGACUCGGCCAACAUCCCCUUCCGCCCGGACCAUGGCCACAAGAUGUUGGAUGACAUGAAGGCAGGGUUUGGGGUUUAG